AUGAAUCAGCGCAGCAGUGACUUUUCAGUAGGUGCAGGAUCUCGCAAUCUUUAUCAGGCGCUUGCACCUCCAACUCCAACUUUUCAAGAAUCCUUGCAAACAACUUUGCAAGACUUUUCAAGUCCUUUCCAGCACAGAAAAACGGCUGCCGUCGUGGGAAGUGUCAGAUCUGCCGUCUCGGCAUCUUUAUCCUUGCUCGCAGGAGCUUAUGAAUUGCCUCAGAUCAGUCCUGCUUCCACUUCCUCGGAUCUAGACAAUAAAGACGUGAAUCCUACCUUUGCCAGAACAGUACCCACCAACCGGGGAGAUGUUCAUGCCCUCAUUGCCUACUUGAAACACUUGAAUGUCCAACAUUUCAAUGUGCUGUAUCUAAGAGAUGAAUACGGAACGGCUUUUUUCAAGAAAUUCUCCAUUGCCGCUUCUUACGGAGACAAUAAUCAGGGAGAAUCUACAGAAGAGGAUGUACAGCUCGCCAUAAAAAAAAAAGGCAUCAUUUGCCGUAUCACUCAAUGGCGUUUACUCAAUUCACUAUACCAAUUGGGACUACUCAACGACCCAAAUCAUGUCUGGCUCAUGAGCGAAGCAUGCUCUUGGAUUAUCGAUCCGGGAUAUUCCACUCAUCCCGGACUCGCACGGGCCAUGCAUGGAUGGGGAUACGUUACCAUUCGCAGUCAACCCAAUCCUUCCUUUGUCCAAGCGUUGAACCAAAUCAACACGGAUACGCAAGCACAAGAACACUUGAUCUCCUCCGUCAUUCCACAAACUUAUUGGGGCGACAAUUUCAAUGCCAUGAUGGCACUGGGAAUUGCAGCCUGUCAGGUGUCUACAACAACACACGACGACAACAAUAAUAAUCUUACCAUUGGGCUCCCCAACUUUUUUUCGGGAAUCGACUUCUACAAUCAACUCGUCCAAACAUCCUUUGACGGAGCAUCCGGACGUGUCCAGUUCAAUGCCACCACAGGGACCCGAUCCUACGCAAACUUUCAAUUCUCCGUAUUCAAUCUACUCUUCAGUCCUCAACGAAGCGACAACCAAACAGCCAGAUUUGACGUUACCGAAACACACCGUGUUGAUUUCUCCUCCAACGCCAACAGAAAAACAACCAGCGAAAACUACAACGAUAGUGCAGAAGCGCCUCUUGUCAUGGCCCUCGAUACCCCUUUCUAUUACAACGACAACACAACCAAUAUUCCGGCCGAAUUGCCACCACCCGAAAAACCAAUCGAACUCAACCUAAUUUCUGAUCCGGUACGAAUUGCGGGAUGGACAUUGGCGAGUAUCGUCAUGGCAUUGGCACUCGUCGCUCUCGUCUGGGUCGUCGCUCGAAGAAAAUCCAAUCGCGUCAUUCAGGCAUCGCAGCCCUUCUUCUUGGCGCUCAUUUGUGUCGGGGCGUUCCUCAUGGCCACCAGUACCAUUUUUCUAGGAUUCCAAGAAUCCAUGCGCAUUUCCGUUCUAAAUGCGGGAUGCAUGCUCACGCCCUGGUGCUUCUCCAUGGGAUUCACCAUUGCCUUUUCGGCGCUCUUCUCCAAAACCAUGCGAGUCUACAAAAUCUUUCAAAGUGCAGCGGCUAUGAGACGAAUCACCGUGGGUGUACGAGAUGUCGCCAAGCCCAUGGUAGCGUUGGCCUGUUUCAAUCUGCUACUGCUCAUUUUUUGGCAAACACUCGAUCCAUUGACAUGGCAACGGAUAACGGUGGACUACAAUUUGGAUCCCUAUGGUCGACCCAAAGAAUCUUACGGGAGUUGCUAUGUCUCACUCAGUACGACUCAGCAGGGCUUUGCGUACUCGAUCCUGACCAUCAAUGCUAUUCCCGUGUUGGUUGCCAACUACAUGAGCUACAAAGCCCGCAACAUUCGCUCGGACGUGCUCAACGAAACAGUUUGGAUACAGAUCUCCAUGGCUGCCAUUUUGGAAAUUAUUCUGAUUGGUGGACCCUUUGUGUUAGUGGCCGGUGGCGGAGAAGAGACGACUGCCUUGUACCGGUACGUGGUCUUGACAUUCCUGUUUUGUGUCACGGCUUUGGCGAGCUUUGUGCCACUGCUGGUUUCCAAGAUUUGGUUGCUGCGAGACAUGAAGGUCAAUAGCCGGCAAUCGCUAUUCAGCCGGGGAAGUACGGCCACCAGACCAUCGUUUGUUCCACCGACCGGGGGCACCAUGGCAGCAAGUCACAUGGCAUCGAACACUGCCAGCGGGGGACAUUACAAUCAGGUUGACGAUGAAAUUGCCAAACAAUCCUUGCGCAUCACGAACCGCAAUUCGUCUGCCCUGGGACAUUCACCCUCUCAUUCGCAAGCCCACAGCGGUUUGUCCGUCCAUGGAAGCGACGAGGAUGGUCACUCGCACCAUUCCUCGAGCAGUUGA